GGAGUAGCCAUCACUCGGGGUCACGGUGGUCCUGCGAGCUCGCUUGAGUUGUACAGAGGGCUGCCAGAGCAAGUCAGGGCUUUGGUAGACGUUGUAAGGUUCCGACUGUUCAUUCUCAUGUUGACGGCCGCAAAGAGUGACCAUGCCCUGCUUACUGCACUGGCUGAGAGGUGGUGGGAUUUCUCGAAUACCUUCCACUUUCCGAUCGGGGAGAUGACAGUGACUCCGUCAGACUUUGCAGCUCUCAUUGGCUUGAGGGUAGGAGGAGAGCCUAUCCCGUUUGAUUCAGAGAUUCACAGAGAUACCGGGACACUGGAGUGGUUCUUAGGGCAGGCACCGUCGGGCGAAGCAGAGACCAUCCAUUGCGACCAGUUCAAGCGGUAUUUGCAGGGAAGGGCAUCGGACUCAGAGCAGGAGGCGGAGCAGAUGCAGAUGGCGAUGACCUACUUGUUGUACUUGUUCGGGGCAACAUUGUACCCGAACAAACGAGCUACGGUACACCUGUCUUACUUGCCGGCCCUUCACGACUUACGCACAGCUUCGCGCUUUGACUGGGGAGGAGCAGCUCUGGGAACGUGCUAUGGUUUUAUGGGGGAGUUCUCGCGGGGGAAGAAAGCGACUGCCGGUUACUGGAGAGUGUGGGAGCUGUGGGCUUACGAAGUGCUGAAGAUGUACACACCGGAGAAUAAGUGUCCAAACUUGAGGAUGCUCCCACGUGCUAUGAUCUGGGGGUCUUUGUACAGUGGUAAGAAGAAAUUGAGAGGGAGUCUCCUAGCUUUCAGGUCAUAUCUUGACGAGCUGUCAGGUACUUAGGUAGAGUGGGACCCAUGGAGUAAUGCAGAGCCUGAGCCUGAGUACUUGGCGAGGAGCAGAGUGGUGACAGCGAGUCGGGUGCUAUUGAAGUCAGCUUUUAGGUGGCAGUGGUACUUAGGUGACCGGGUGACACGACAGUCACUGGGCUUUCUUGAGUACCAGGUUCCUGGGCCACUUCCACCUCACGCUUCACAUACGGACAGGUAUACUCUGAGAGAGCUGCAACGCUUCACUGCUCCGGCUGGCCUUGCUGCUUUCUUGAGGCCUGAGCGUGACUAUGCCGUUUACCGGAGACAACGCCUGGCGAGGCCACUUGGGGUUUUGGAGCACAUUGUCGUGCAGGGCGAGGCGCUGGAGGCCGGCGAGGAGAGGCGGAGCUAGGAGAGCAGGGUAGCUUGCUCGAGAGAGAGGAGCGACUACGCCACAACGAUGGUCCUUCCCCGACUUUCUUGGACACUAACAGUGCGAGACGCGCAGGGAGAAGAGGCCAUAGUUUGGUUUGAGCCUGCCAGGACAGAGCCUGCAGAGAUCAUAGGACCGGCCCCGAUGGAGUGGGUGCAAGAGGCGGUGCGCUUGAUGAAGGCCAUGGAGAAAGAGUUUCACAAGAUAGUCGGCGGCGCCUCUUUGCAGUUACACUACCCACUGCCAGCUCCAGCUCUUGCUGUGCAGCCUCAGGGACGCGCUAGGGCGGCUCCUAGGAGGAAGAGCGUGGGGCCUCCUCCUCAAAAGAAGAUAGCACCGAGUUCCUCUCGGCCAGCGGCGAGUGUACAGAGGGGAGUGCAGAUCACUCCAGCUAGCGAGGAGCUCCAGUUCCGCCGAGAAUUGAGGAAAAGGCCCGCGGGGAAGAGGCCUGCCGAGGGACCUUCACAAAAGAAGAGAAGAGAGGAGGAAGAAGAAGAAGAAGAGGAGCAAACAUCCCUCAGCAGCGGCUCUGACUCCGCGGACGAUCCUAGGUUUCGGAUGGACCCGCGAGAGAUGGAGGAGAGCAAGGAGGACGACGACGAGGACUUUUUUGAUGACUGAGGGCUAUCACUGAGUCUCGGUUUACUUUGCUGUCCUCUUGACAUUUUGAGAUAGUAGAUACUUGACUUUUGGUAUAGGGCAUGUGUGCCUUGACUUUUGGGCGAGUGUGCCUUGAUAUUUUUUUAAUUCUGCCUGGGCUGUUGUGCUGCUUUGAUACAUUUCUGCCUUUGCUUUUUGAAUAGUAGUAUAUAAUUUUUGCGUUUUUUGUUUA